AUGCCGAAUUUAUCCACCCUUCCUCACGAUAUUCGUUAUCAAAUUCUAGCUCUUCUCUCAGAAUAUCAUAGUAUUUCCUCUCUCAUCGUUGCUUCCCGCCCAUUCUACACCACCUUCCAACCACACCGCAUCCACUUCCUCUCCCGCUCUCUCCUGAAGAGAUUUGAGCCCGAAGCAAACCUCAUUGUUACGCUUUCCAAGAUUAGGAGUCUGCCUGAUACCCCCGAGGUAUGGUAUUCGUUUCGAUUGGCUGUCGGGGAUUAUAUCGACGAAAAGUUCGACCAUUUCCAGAUACCUCAUAAUAAGGAUCCUGAUACACUUCUCAGUAUCCGAAAAAAUCACGAGGCAAUACUAAAGUCUACAAAAAGGUUUCUGCAAGACCAAAUCUAUCCACAUCAAGUUUCUAAAACCCCGCGGAACGCGUCAGGAGCAUUUCCACUCCCUCCUCCCUUGAGCUCCGGAGCUGAUUUACAACCUACACCAUCAGUAAACGAAUACUAUAACAUAGUUGGUGGGUUUUAUCGGCUAUGGAUAUGGACUCUGCUGCAUGGAAGCCCGUAUUAUUCUAGCCACUCUAGUGGCGAAUCGUUUGGGAGAGGAAAGGAAAAGAGGUAUGUCGAUUAUAUGUAUGGCUACGUGUUAGAAUGUUGGGGUUUUUGGAACAUUCAGAACCUACAAAUCCUGGCGCAUUGGACCAUUGGAUGGGUUGAUCUCGCCAUUGAUGAGGAGAAGAUUGAAAUGCCCCCCGCAACGUGUGAUAUGAUAACGGAUCCCGAUGAAGAACGACGUCGCCGAGACUCUAGGUUUCAGCCAAGUCCUGAUCAUGACCGACGAGACAUUAUUGGCAGUCUUAUCCGCCAUAAUUUCGUAGGCUUACUCAAGGCCCUUGGGGAUACAUCAGCUCUCAAAGACGUGGUCGUGGAUAUAAUCAACCGUUCUCCAUUCCCCCAAAUCCUGACAUAUCUGGACCGAGGCCCAGGACACUACACCCCGUCAUGCCCGGGGAAUCUACCGAAAUAUGUUACCUUUGCCACAGAAGGUUGCAUUGAUCCGAUACGGUUUCGAGGGGUCGAUCCAAAUAGAGUGGACGUUAGACCUCUCGUUAGUGGGACAGUUGAGGAUAGGAAAGCUUAUGAGAAGGUUUUUAGGCAGAGAGAUAAGUGGAUGACUAUGUUUGACUGGUUGCUCGGUGGGCUCGGGGCGGAGCCUGUUCGUGAAGGAGCGGAUUUCUGGGCAUCUGUAUGGGAUGAUUGGAGGCUUUUGGAGUGGGGGUAUUGGAGGCCUGAUUUUCAUUUCGACGAGGCGGAUAAAUAUGGAACGACUUGA